CUCGCGUACAGCUGGACGCUUCGUUUGCUUCUCCCGUUCCGUCUCUUCUCCUCUCCUCUUCUUCUCCCCUCUCCUCUCUCCACUUCUACUCUCACCUCUCGCUACCAAACACGCGCACACGCAGCCGAGAUCGAGAGCGAGCUACUUGCCCUAGCAGCAGCAGCAGCGAGGAGCGCGAGGGGGCGGCGGCGGCGGCGUGCAUGGCGGGGGCUCCGUCGAGGUCGCGCGGCGACUUCGACCACCUCAUCAAGCUCCUCCUCAUCGGCGACAGCGGAGUAGGAAAGAGUUGCUUGCUUCUGAGGUUCUCAGAUGACACUUUCACUACAAGUUUUAUCACCACCAUUGGCAUUGAUUUCAAGGUUCGGACAGUUGAGCUUGAUGGAAAGCGUGUAAAAUUGCAGAUUUGGGAUACUGCUGGUCAAGAACGUUUCCGGACAAUUACAACUGCCUACUAUAGAGGUGCUAUGGGCAUUCUGCUUGUUUAUGAUGUUACAGACGAGUCAUCCUUCAACAACAUUAGAAAUUGGAUCCGCAACAUAGAACAACAUGCAUCUGAUAAUGUCAACAAGAUUUUGGUGGGCAACAAGGUUGAUAUGGAUACAAAGCGGGUGGUGUCCACAGCUCAAGGACAAAAGCUCGCAGAUGAGUAUGGAAUGAAAUUUUUUGAGACGAGUGCAAAAACAAAUCAGAACGUGGAGCAGGUAUUCUUUACCAUUGCAAGGGACAUAAAGCAAAGAUUGACCGAAACUGUUGCUGCAGCAGCUGAGCCCCCAACUAUUCAAAUCAGUAGGCAAGAACCAGAUCAGGCAGCUGCCUCGUCAAGAUGGUCAGCCUGCUGUAACACCUGAUCAACGCUGCGGCGCACUGCACGGCUUGUCCUGUUCGCAGCUUGCCUAUGACAGCAAAUUUACCACUCCCAUCUUCCGUGUAUUCAAUGCCAAGAUGUAUAUUUCGCCCAGUUGAUAUCUAGGUCAAAAGAUCUUUUACCUGACCAUUCUGGUGUUGUGAUUCCUCAAUGAGGUGUAAGGGUGUUUGCCUGUGUUCUAGCUCUGUUGUUAGUUCUGAAUUAUGCUUCAAAACUCUUCUUUUUUAGCUCUGUGUUCGUCAGAUAAGCUGAUGGAUUUGCUCCUGUCAUGUAAACAAACCUUCUAAGAGACAGCAGUAUCUGAUUGUCUGAAUUCAUGAUUGUGCAUUACUGAAGAUUUGUCCUAUUUCCCCC